GUCUUAGGCUAGGUUGAUUUGUGGGUGCCAAUUUCUCUUCUCGUGUGAAGUUUAGGUUUGCAAGUGGUCAUUCGUUGUUAACGUGUAUUUAGUUUUUAUUUGGUUUUUAAAUCUUAUUUUCUUCCCUGUUUUUAGUCCGGCGAGAUGUUUUUGACAAGAUCGGAGUAUGACAGGGGAGUGAACACAUUUUCUCCAGAGGGUAGAUUGUUCCAGGUGGAGUAUGCCAUCGAAGCCAUCAAGCUCGGCUCAACGGCCAUCGGAAUCCAGACAUCUGAGGGGGUUUGCCUGGCCGUAGAGAAGAGGAUAACAUCUCCGCUCAUGGAGCCCAGCAGCAUUGAGAAGAUCGUGGAGAUCGACUCUCACAUUGGCUGCGCCAUGAGUGGCUUGAUAGCUGAUGCGAAGACGCUGAUCGACAAAGCGAGAGUGGAGACGCAGAACCAUUGGUUUACCUACAAUGAGACCAUGACAGUGGAGAGCGUCACCCAGGCCGUGUCCAACCUCGCACUGCAGUUCGGGGAAGAGGACGCUGACCCCGGCGCCAUGAGCCGGCCCUUUGGUGUAGCACUUCUCUUUGGGGGACUGGAUGAGAAAGGUCCCCAGCUGUACCACAUGGACCCAUCGGGCACCUUUGUGCAAUGUGACGCGCGAGCUAUUGGCUCUGCCUCCGAGGGUGCCCAGAGCUCACUUCAGGAAGUGUACCACAAGUCCAUGACGUUAAAAGAAGCAAUGAAGUCCUCACUCACCAUCCUGAAGCAGGUCAUGGAGGAGAAGCUGAACGCAACGAACAUUGAGCUUGCCACAAUAGAACCAGGGAAGACCUUUCACAUGUACACCAAGGAAGAGCUGGAGGAAGUCAUCAAAGACAUCUAAAUGGUGGUGGUGCCAUAAGAAUCUUCCUGGAGCAGCUGGCUGAAAUAAUUAGCUUCCUCUCAGCAACAUUUUUUUUUUUUUUUGUGGCAUAUUCCAGUCCAGAACGGAGCCAGUUGGUCGUGAUGCUUGUUUUUCCUUUUCCCCUUGUCUUGAAGAUUUUUACAGAUCUGUACAAAACCACAGAACCACAUCAACAGGGAAUUGCUGGAAGUUGAAAGGGUGUUGAGGGGGUGGGGGUUACUUUUGUUACUACGUCUCGGCUUGACAAUAAAAGCGUUAUACCCGGAA